AUGGACAGUUCAUCAUGGCUUUCUAAUGCGCUCCCUCGCUAUUCACCCUCAUCCUUGUCGCCCAACAGUCGCCGCCGCUCCAAGAACCCCCGAUGGCAUACACCUUCUCCGAUGGCCGCCUCUGCCGUACCCCAACCUAUCGUGAACAGCAUCUAUGUUCCCACAACUGCCCACUCGAAUGCCAGCCCCUCUGUUCAGACUGACGACACUCUCCUGAUCUUCCGACAGAAACAACGCGAGCUCGAAGCACAAUUGCAACUUCUCCUCGAUGCACAGGCCGAUGCUCUGCUCGCUGGUCUUGAUCCAUCACCAAUCUCUGCUGGCGAAGACGAUGCUCUUUCGACCGGUUCAAGCACCCCGACCGCCAGUGCUCUUCGUUCGAAGCCUAAGCCUCAGUCGUCUUCGAAAUUGGAGAAGAUUGGUCUCCGUCAAGCUAGGGUCGGCUUGUAUGCCACAAUGCGCCGUCUGGCACAACUCAAGUCUCAGGAAUCGCAGUAUCUGGCCCCCAGUCUCGACCACUUCGCGUCCGUCGUUAAUCAACUUGAUGCAUGGCAAAAGAAGCGGAGCGCCUUACAGUCACGCGCAUCGCAAAUACAGUCUGGCGACGAUCACAAUCGUGCUCUUGACUUGCACAAACAAGCAGACGACAUGCAAACCGAGAUCAACGAACUUGAGGAAAGACUGGCGCGCUUGAAAAGAGAUCAGCACAAGCUUAGAGAGGAGGCUCAAGAGAUUGAAAAUACUGUCGACGCACGUCUUGCAUCUUACACCAACAGCCUAGGUUUGGUCGACGACUCGAUCCAGAGCUUCCUUCAAGAUGCUUCCGCAAGCCACUGGACUGCCGUCAUCAAUGUUACGGAUAUGGACCGCUUCUGGCGUUCACCAUCUCAGAGUCGAACUCUGAAAUCUGCAAAGGAUGUUUUUGAUCGAGAGCAAGAUUCGUUGAUUGAGAGACGUCGCAUCAGCGACACUGAGCGGGAGGCGCUUGAAGAAGGUGCCGUUGUUUGGAGAAAUACCGUCAAGCAAGUUUCCACUUUCGAGCGGACGCUCGCAAAGGCCAUGUCCCGCAUGGGUAAAGAGUCACAAUCACAGCUCGACUCUCCUGCAGAAACCAAAGAGCUACUCUCAAUGCUCGAGCAGACUACUACGGAGCUCGAAAACAAGCACAAACUCGCAGAAACCCGUAGUUGGAAGCUCUUGGUCGCGGCCAUCGGUGCCGAACUCGAAGCAUUCUUGAAAGGAAAACAGAUUCUCGAAGCUGCUCUUGCUGCUGCAGUUGGUGAGAUAAGCCUUGAAGAAACAAGAGGAAUCUCUGGCAGUUCUGGACAGCUUGAAGGGGUGCAGACACCCAGAGGCAGCAAACAUGAUGAUGGUGAGGCUAUCCGCGAUUUGGACAAGGCCUUUGCAGCAAAGAUUCCUACACCGAGCAUUUCAGACACGGAUACUGAAGAUGAUGGACCUGACUCAGAGCUUUUGAUUUCGCAUCAGGACACAGAUACUGAGUAG